CUGCGCGGGGCACGCUGGGAGUAGUGGUGUAUAGCUGGCAGCCUCUGGGGAGGUAGAGCUGACUACGCGGCGAGAGGAGCUUGUGGAUCCUUUUCUGCGGUCUCUAGAAUACCGCUCUGCCCUCUUAAGGGCUGGCUUUUUCGUGAGAGGUUUGCCUAAAACUGUAUAGUCCUGCACCUAGUUUCAACCUAAGGUUGUGGAAAGGGGCAGGUUUCCACAUAUCACCAAGCACUUCCGAGACACCAGGACCCAUUCAGGACCCCACUGAGAAACACCUCAUUAGAACAAAGGCACUUCUAUCACCCAGGAAAUUACAAGAGUUUCAAGAUCCCUGUGAUUUCACUUUAUUGAAAUGAGUGGUCGUAAAUCAAAGAGUAGCAACUUAAUACAAGCAGAAUACCUUUCACAGGUACAAAGAAUUUUACGUGAAAGAUUUUGUCAUCAGAGUCCACAUAGUAACCUAUUUGGAGUACAAGUGCAGUAUAAACACUUAAUUGAGCUGCUAAAAAGAACUGCUAUCCAUGGAGAAAGUAACUCUGUUCUCAUUAUUGGACCCCGAGGAUCAGGAAAGACCAUGUUAAUAAACCAUGCUUUGAAAGAACUAAUGGAAGUGGAAGAAGUGAGUGAAAAUGUAUUGCAAGUUCACCUAAAUGGACUGCUUCAAAUCAAUGAUAAAAUUGCCCUAAAGGAAAUUACAAGGCAAUUAAAUCUGGAAAAUGUAGUCGGAGAUAAAGUUUUUGGAAGCUUUGCUGAAAAUCUCUCAUUUCUUCUGGAAGCUUUAAAAAAAGGUGACCGGACUAGUAGUUGCCCAGUGAUCUUCGUAUUAGAUGAAUUUGAUCUUUUCACUCAUCAUAAAAACCAAACACUCCUCUAUAAUCUUUUUGACAUUUCUCAGUCUGCACAAACUCCAGUAGCAGUUAUUGGUCUUACAUGUAGAUUGGAUAUUUUGGAACUCUUAGAAAAAAGAGUGAAGUCACGAUUUUCUCACCGGCAGAUACACUUAAUGAAUUCAUUUGGUUUUCCACAGUAUCUUAAAAUAUUUAAAGAACAAUUAUCUCUACCUGCAGUAUUUCCAGACAAGAUUUUCGCUGAGAAGUGGAAUGAGAAUGUUCAGAAUCUCUCAGAAGAUAGGAGUGUGCGAGAAGUGCUGCAGAAGCAUUUCAAUGUUACCAAAAACCUGCGGUCUUUACACAUGCUGUUGAUGCUUGCUUUAAAUCGUGUAACACCAUCACACCCUUUUAUGACUGCAACAGAUCUGAUGGAGGCAAACCAGCUGUGUAGCAUGGACUCUAAAGCAAAUAUUGUACAUGGUCUGUCAGUCUUGGAAAUCUGUCUUAUCAUAGCAAUGAAACAUUUAAAUGACAUCUAUGAAGAGGAGCCCUUUAAUUUUCAAAUGGUUUAUAAUGAGUUUCAGAAGUUUGUUCAAAGGAAGGCCCAUUCUGUUUACAAUUUUGAGAAACCUGUUGUCAUGAAGGCUUUUGAACACUUACAACAAUUAGAAUUAAUAAGGCCCAUUGAAAGAACGACAGUAAAUGCACAGAGGGAGUACCAGCUGAUGAAACUGCUUUUGGACAAUACUCAAAUUAUGAAUGCUUUACAGAAAUAUCCUAACUGUCCUACAGAUGUUAGGCAAUGGGCAACAUCCUCACUAAGCUGGUUAUGAAUAUCACCAUGGCUUCGGUUAUGGAGUUUCUGGCUUACUAAAAGCUAACCAUAAGCUAUUGUCCUUUAACAAGAUAUGUUAUUACAUUUUUGUUACAUUUAUAAAGAUGUAUUUUUAUAUUAAUGGGAGACUGUUACACAUGUAGUAGCAUAGCUUGCCUUGCCUUUAAAUCAUGAGCAGUUCCAUGAUUUAUAAUUCCAGUGAUUUAGAUUAUAAGUAGCUGUUCAAAAAAAAAAAUAAAUGUGACUAUUUUAGGCAUUGAACCAUAUGCUUAUUUAA